AUGCUAGAGGCUCAGAAGAAUAUGAUGGCUGAGAUGGUUCAGCUGCUGAGGGCCACCAAUAAAGGAAAGGCCCCUAUGGCUAUUACUAGAGAGGAUAACGAGGAUCCUCCUCCGGGUUUUACCCCACUCCAUGUGCCAACACAUACUGAGGUACUUCCGAGGAGGCCAUCUGUCACGAUAAGGCCUCAACAGGAGCCUGUCGAUACUGGAGUACCCAUGAACUUCCAAACUAGUUUAGGAUUCAAUGUGGGUGACAAUUCUGCCAAUCCAGUCAUUCCUGAUCUAGAUAUGGUAGAAAAGGAAGAUUUGAGAGCCGAAGCUGCAAGGCAAUUGGAUGAACACUGCAGAUGGCUAGAGGAAAAAUUCAAGACAUUGGAGAGUGCUGAGGGGCAUCAUGGGAUUGAUGCCAAAGAUUUAAGUUUGAUCCCAGAUCUGGUGCUUCCCCAUAAGUUCAAAAUACUGGAGUUCGAGAAGUACAAUGGUACUACUUGCCCAGAGGCCCACAUUACGAUGCUUUGCAGACGCAUGAUGGGAUAUGUAAAUAAUGACCAGUUGCUGAUACACUGUUUCCAAGAUAGUCUAGUUGGAGCAGCAGCCAAGUGGUACAAUUAA